AGCAGUUGGAAGUUGGCAGGUGGAGAGGCAGGUUGGGAGGGGAAGUUGGGGGAGGAGGCGGAAGAGGAGCUGUCGGAAGGGGGAGGAGGGAGGGAGGAAAAAGAGGAGGAGGCGGAGGAGAACUGAGCUGAGCAGAGCAUCGAGCCAAAGGGGAGAUGAGUUUGUCUGUCCUCGGCUGAGGCUCCGGCCGGGCCUAGGGAACGGGGAGCUCGGCUUGGAGCGACACCCGUGGAAGUGGGAGGAGGUGGCUUUGGGACUUUAACCCCUUGUGGGCUCUGCGGCAGGGGAUUUAACCCUUUGUGGAUCCGGCCCCUCGGAGUCAGCGUCAUCGGGUAGUUUUAACCCCUUCGGGGCUGGGUUUAACCCAUUGGAUUUAACCUAAUCAUCUUGCCCAGCAACUUCUCGAUCGCGGGGGCGGUCUGCAGGAAGGCUUGAAGCCCACCCCCUCUGCACAUUACGUACUGUUCCUGCUGCUGCUCCCCCUUGGGCCCGCUAUCUGGUCGCGCUCUGGGCGCUUAACCCUUUACUGGCUUGAGCGCCCCCAAAUUGCAAUUGGAGUUUGCUGACAGGAGGACUGGCUAAAGGCAUCACUGCAGGAAUUACAGACCGAAGAGGACUGUGUUGGACAUUUUUGCAAAGAAAAGCAAACCUUUCUUUCCUUAAGGACUUACAGCCAACAUUCUUCAAACUUCGAGAAGAAGAUUCUAUUAGCAAUGGCCGAGCCACUCUUGUCAGAGUAUCAGCACCAGCCUCAAACUAGCAACUGUACAGGUGCUGUUGCUGUCCAUGAAGAACGGAACCCUGAUCGCCCCCCAGGCGCGGAGGAGCGGGUGCCGGAGGAAGACAGUAGGUGGCAAUCGAGAGCGUCCCCCCAGUCGGGUGGUUCUCCGGGGCACGGGGGGGAAGGGAGCCUGGAACCCCAGCCGUCUCCCCUGAAGACCCAGGUCUGCCCAGAAUCCAGCUGUCCGGAAGCGGGUGAGAAGGGCCAGAAUGGGGACGACUUGUCCGCUGGCGGAGCUCCCCCGCAGCAGAGACAGGUGGGCAAGAAAAAACAUAGGAGACGCCCCUCCAAGAAGAAGCGGCUUUGGAAACCGUACUAUACGCUGACCUGGGAGGAGAAGAAAAAGUUCGAUGAGAAACAGAGCCUGCGAGCUUCAAGGAUUCGAGCCGAGAUGUUCGCCAAGGGUCAGCCAGUUGCUCCCUAUAACACCACGCAGUUCCUCAUGGAUGACCACGACCAGGAGGAACCGGAUCUUAAAACCGGCCUCUACCCCAAACGGGCCGCUGCUAAGUCCGACGACACCAGCGAUGAGGACUUUAUGGAAGAAGCGGGUGAGGAGGAUGGGGGCAGCGACGGGAUGGGAGGAGACGGCAGCGAGUUUCUGCAGCGGGACUUCUCGGAGACCUAUGAGCGGUACCACGCGGAGAGCCUGCAGAACAUGAGCAAGCAGGAGCUCAUCAAAGAGUACCUAGAGCUGGAGAAGUGCCUCUCGCGUAUGGAGGACGAGAAUAAUCGGCUGCGGCUGGAAAGCCAGCGGCUGGACAGCCAGCGGCUGGACGGCGACGACGCGCGCGUGCGGGAGCUGGAGCUGGAGCUGGACCGGCUGCGCGCAGAGAACCUCCAGCUGCUGACGGAGAACGAACUGCACCGGCAGCAGGAGCGGGCGCCGCUGUCCAACUUUGGAGACUAGACUGAAACUUUCCCGGGGGAGGGGGCAAAGGGGACUUUUUACAGUGAUGGAAUGUACCAUUAUAUACACGUGUAUAUAAGACAGCGGGCCUUUUUAUGACACAUAAUCCGAAAAGAAAUCCCCCUGGCUUUGGUUGGUUCGGUCAGUUUAGCUAUGAUGUAGCUUGUGUGCUUUCUCCUGUUCUUUAAUUAUGUGAAACUGAAGGGUUGCUUUCCUUGUUUUCCUUUUAGGAGUUUUUUUUUUUUUUUUUUCUUUUUUAAUGUGUAAGUAACUCGACCAGGUUAUAAUGCAUUUUCUGUUAAAAAUCUCCUUAAAUGGAGCUAUAAGGUGGCCAAAUCUGAGAACCAUUAAAUUCAUUCUAGUUAUAAUAAAUAUUUGUAAAUGGAA